UCGUCAUCACCGCGCUUCUGGGUGGCUCCGUCUCUGCCGCCCUCCACUACUUCUCCUCUUCCCUCCUCUUAUCGAUCGCCAAUCCUUCUACAGCAACUGCUUUCCCUCCUCCUUUCCGUUUCACCAUGCAGCCCGAGGAUUCUGCCCCGAGCACUGCCGAGCUCCUCUCCCGCCUCUUGGAUUCCGUCGACGAGACCGCAUCCCUCGCCGGGCCUACCGACGUCGCCGAGUCCUCCCACCACGUCCCCUCCGCCCUCCCUUAUUUUUCGGCCUUGGUAGGCCGCCUCAACCCCAUCCUCCACGUCCUGCUGCAGCAGCCGUCCGAGCUCGCCGAUGCACCGACCGCAACCAUCAAGAGGAGCGCUGUCGAAUCCCUCGACUCCGAGCUCCGCCGCUCUCGCUGCCUCGCCGAGAGAUCGACUGGGUAUCCCUCCACGUUGGCCGCCCGCCUGCUCGACGGCGCCGCUCGCAACCUCGCGAGAGGAGUCCAGGUCUUGGCCGGCGCGUGGGCCGAUGCACCGGCGAAUAUUAGGAGUGAGAUGGAAGCUCUGCAGAUGGAAUUGAUGGAAGCGCGAUUCCAGGGACCGGCGAGUGACAAGGGUGGCGGCACUUACGUAGAUACCGAAGACUUGGUCGUGCGGAUUAAGAAUGGGGAGGAGGAUGAACUCUGGGUAGUGAUCUCUGAGAUUGAGGUCCUACUUGGUGAGGGAUUGGUGUGGGAGGAGGGCGGGAGGUUGAUCUCCGCUCUUCUUAAUCGAUUGGCUUCCGCAAAGAGUGCGAAUAGGUUGAAGAUGAUUCCGGUGUUGAGGAGUCUUGCAUCGUACAGCACCGAGAACAAGGAGAGAAUGGCAGGCAUUGAAGCUCUUUCUACUAUAGUGAGAUCUUUGUCAAGGUAUGUUGAAGAGAGUAGAGAAGCAGUAGGGCUGCUUUUGGAUUUGUCAGUAGUCCCGAAAAUUCGACAGAGAAUUGGUAGAAUCCAAGGUUGUAUGGUGAUGUUGGUUACAUUGCAAAAUGGAGAUGACCCUAUUGCUUCACAAGAUUCAGGGAAGUUACUGAGAGUUUUGUCAGGUAACGCACACAAUGUUCUCCUUAUGGCAGAAGCUGGUUACUUCGUACCUCUGGUACACUAUUUGAAGGAAGGUUCUGAAAUGAACAAAAUUCUUAUGGCAAAUGCAAUUUCAAGAAUGAAACUUACAGACCAAAUGAAAUCUACCCUUGGAGAAGAGGGCUCUAUAGAACCCCUCGUAAAAAUGUUUACGAUGGGGAAACUCGAAUCCAAGUUGUCUGCACUGGGGGCCUUACGUAACCUCUCUGGCUUGAGAGAGAACAUUCACCGUUUGAUCAAGUCAGGUGCUGUAGAACCAUUACUUCAGCUCCUAUUUUCUGUUACAUCUGUGCUUGUGACUCUUCGAGAACCUGCAUCAGCUAUACUUGCGAGCAUAGCACAAUCUGAUCUAAUCCUAAUAAAAAAAGGUGUGGCACCACAAAUUCUGUCUCUUCUUAACCACUCAAGCCCUGCAAUCCAGAUUCAUCUUUUACAGGCUCUUAAUAGCAUUGCAAGUCACCCUAAUGCCAAAAGAAUUAGAACCAAAAUGAAGGAAAAUGGUGCUAUGCAGCUGCUUCUGCCAUUCCUAACUGAGGACAAUCCUGAGAUCAGGAUUGCAGCCUUGAACUUACUAUUCCACAUCUCUAAAGAUUUUGAUCCAGCAAUAGAGUGUUUUGAGCAGCUAGGAGAGGCUCAUCUCAACAUCCUAGUAAAUAUUGUCUCGACAUCAAUUUCAGAGAGUGAGAAAUCUGCUGCUGUUGGCAUUCUUAGUAAUCUCCCUGUGAAUGACAAAAGAGUAACAGAAAUUCUUGCAAGGGAAAACUUACUCCCUGUUUUGAUUUCUUUGCUUGGGGAAACCAUCAUAGGAUCUUUAGGUACUACAAAAAUGUUGUUACUUGAGAGCAUUGCAGGCGUGAUGAUUCGGUUCACGGUUCCUUGGGAUAAGAAAAUGCAGAGAAUAUCAGCAUCACAUGGUAUUAUUUCUUGCCUUCUGAAGUUACUUUCAUGUGGCUCUGCUGUUGCCAAAUCUAAAGCUGCUAUUUCACUGGGUCAGCUAUCACAGAAUACAAUUGCUUUGAGCAAGGUCAAGUCCACUAGAUGGUUGUGUGUUCCUCCAUCAUCCGAAACAUUUUGUGAGGUUCACAAGGGCACUUGCAUUGUGAAAAGUACAUUUUGCUUGGUUAAGUCUGGUGCUAUACCUCCUUUGGUACAAGUGUUGGAAGGCAAAGAGCGUGAAGCAGAUGAAGCAGUUCUUGAUGCCCUGGCAACCUUAUUGCACGAUGAGACCUGGGAAAGUGGAAGCAAUGCUAUUGAAAAGGUGUCAGGAGUGCAGGCACUUGUGAGAGUUCUUGAAGUAGGUAAUCUGAAGGCUCAAGAAAAAGCGAUAUGGAUGUUGGAGAGGAUUUUUAGGCUCGAAGCUCACACGGAGCAGCAUGGUGAAGCUGCUCAAGUUGUUCUCAUUGAUCUAGCACAAAAAGGAAGUCCAACUCUGAAACCAAAAAUUGCAAAGAUACUAGCACACCUUCAGCUAUUGCAAACACAAUCAAGCUACUUCUGAGAGGCUUUAAUAUUUCUUUGGUAUUUUGGAGAAGCUUCAUAAAGCAACUCAACAAAGUUUGUAAUUGUUCAAGGAUAAAGGUUCGACCACUCGGUAUAUAUCGAUAAUGUUCAUCAAAGGAAAGGAGAGAGAUACUUGUACCCUUGCUGCUGUGACUGGCCCAUUAUGAUCUUGUAGCAACUGCAAGAAGUUAUGAGAUAAAACUUUGGUUUCAGAAUCGACUAUGUACUCAUAGGGGAAAGUACUGAAUGUGAGAUCUAUAGUGCAAGUUUGAUCUUUUAUGCCAGAACAUUUGUGUACUGAAGACAGCCAUAAUUUCACCUUCAUCAGAAGGCAGAACACAGCAGACUCUUCGAUGGAAGUGCUCAUGUGUAUUCAAUUUUUGUUCAUAUCUCCGGAAAUAAAAAAGGAAUGUAGGUAUGCCAAUUCUUACAUGUAUAUAAUUUCCAUUAUAAAAUUGCGUGUGCUUUAAUAUACAUUAUGCUGUAACAGUUCUUGUAGAGGAUGUGCACAGAUUUGUUGGGUCUAUGGAGCUGUAUUUGAAUGGUCGAACUUUGAAGUACAAAGUGUAGUUUCAUUUAUGAAAUCAUUCUUCGAUGAUUUAGUCCUAA